UAACGGAAUCGCGCCAAGCGGCUUUACCGCGUACACCUGCCCAACCCGCGCCGGCUGCUGUCCGAUCUCAAUAACCUCUAUCGGGGCUGCGGAUAGCGGGUCCGAACUGGAAGCCCCAUCGUCAUCUGAUCUGCUUAUAGCGAGUCGCUCCAUUUCGAAGCGUUCGAGCAGCGAGAGCUCCAGAUCCUGCUGCCUCUGCCACCCGACCCUCGAGUCUGGUAAAUCGCACGACCAAUCAGCGGCUGCCACGUCGCCUUGCACACGCUCUCUGCCGCUCCCCUUCUCUUUCCACGACCCCGUACCGCCUUUGAAACCCCACCCGCUCCUCCCCGAAUGCUUCCCGCCGUCCCCGCCGUUUCCGCCCGCAGAUACCCGCUGCUUGCUACUGCUUGUUCUACCACUGCUUCCCGGACCUCCUCCUCCGUUCCCGCUACCGCCGCCGCCGCCGCCGACGCCGCCGCUAGGAUCGCGGGCUGCUGGGGUUCCGGGAGCGGGAGCGGAACCGGAUGCGGUUCGGGCGUCGGGGGAUGGCGCGCGGAGCAGCGUGGACUCGUCGACCGUCUGCGGCAGCACGCCAUGGUUCCACAGCACGUUGCCCGCGUAGUGCGCUGGUACAAGCAGCGCGUCGCUUGCGCGGCAGCGGGCAGUUCCUGCCGCGGUGUCGGGCAGACUGUCGGGACGCGCGGCGAGCUUAUCCUCACUGUCAAGUUUGGCAUCGCCGGUGUCGCCGUCGCCGUCGCAGUUGUCGUCACCCUGUACCUCCACCUGCAUCUGCGACGCUGCGAAUCGCAGAGGCGUGUAGUCCUCGUCGCGCGCGACCUCCAUCUUCGCCCACGUCGCCACGGGCGUCGUGCACACGAAAUGCACCAGCGUGUCGCACGCCGCGUACAGCGGGAUGUGAUGCCACGGCGACAGCACCCUCCCCGCGCCAUCCGCGAACAUCAUGCGGUAACCCAGAGACCCCGCCUCCCCGAACUGCGCCGUGCGCACGCCCCCCCAUGUGGCGUCGGGCGUGCGCGGGCGCUGCAGCACGAACGGGCGCGAGAUCCGCCGCCGGUUGGCCGGGAAGGACCGCGGGCGGCAUGAUGGAUUCGCCAAAACCAGAGGAUGGGUCGAGACCGUCCGCGUUACAAGGACGAGAACAUCAUGAGGUGCGGGACGGUUUGGGUCGGUGGCACGGGCAUAUCGCACCCAUUUGGAUCCGCACAUCCAGCUUGGAUGGUUUAGGCAGAGGUUCAGGAACAGGUUUCACGGUAAGGCUAUGGUUUUUCGAAGCGCGUGGAUUCAUGGCGGCGAAACAGGGGCGACGAAAGGCGUGCGACGAAAGGAGUGCGACGAAAGGAGUGAGGGACUCUGCUAUUCGUCCGUACAGAUGGGGGCUUCGGUUCCAAGCUCGAGACUACACUCAUGCGACGCAGUUACUGUACAGUAAUAGAUGGCUCGUGCACUCGCAGGGCGCCGCGCGGAUGCAGCGCCUGUCUAAACGCGGCUGCUCGCAGUGUUCUGCACUUGCCUGCUGGGCCAAGUUAUAUCUCACUCACUGCGCGGUCGCAGACUUCGUCUGGGAUGUGUGCAGUGCACUGCACUGCAUGAAACGAGUGGCGGGCACGUUAGGGAUGAUGGCUCCACGGAGAGAACGGUCGAGGGAGAGAAUGGUCGAGGGAAGAUGCCGCCAUGAGGGUGAGGUGGGCUGCUUUGCUUAGAUGGAUGGAAGCGCACAGACGGAUGCUGUGCACUGGAGAAGAACCGUGGAGGCCGCCUCUAGAGUAAGCUACGCUAGGUUCAAAGCUGGGACAGAUUAUGGGACUGGGUACUGUACGGAGGUCACCACCACGACAUGGGAAAAGAACCAAAUCCACGGCGCCAGAGCAAAGGUGAAGGCAACCACUAUCCAACGAGGACAGACUAGAGGAGGCACAGCUUUUCCUGGCCGUUGCUCCAUUUCACAUGCUCGCAAAAAAACCCAUCGGCUAGGGGAUCCGGGAAAGCGCCCCAACAACCAGCAAAUGCGUGAAGCGAUCGACGUAAAUACACCUGUUCUGGACUACAUGCUUUUCUUUGUUUCACGCGGCAUGAAUCUAUACCCCCGGAAUCGCAGGCCCCAGGCAAAGGGGACAUGAUGUACAGUAACUCGCAGGCUUCGAGGGUUGUUCUGAGCGGAAAUGCUGUAGCCUCCCAAUGGGCAUGAACACUUAU